AUGCCCCCACGCAAGCCCGCUUUGACGCAGCGCAAGAACAACAAGGAGGGGACCACAACGGCUUCUACCAAGUCCAGGUCCACCAGGUCUGCAACCAAGGCCAUGCAGCGGGAGCUCAUUGUGGAGAUCCCUGUAACCAAAAAACCAACCAAGGCAAAGAAAAAGAAGAACAUCACCUCUGCCGACUGUGAUGCAGCUGAUGAAGAAGCUAAUGAGACUAUGGUAGAGAAUUUGACUGCUACUGCUAGGACGCUUCAGGAGAGUGGUGCUCCGCUUGCACCACCUGCUCGUCGAGUUGGGACUGGAGUCACCUUGGCUCCAAUCACUCCGAGUAUCACCACGUCUUGCAUCAGGCGUGAAGAGCCAGAGGACAUACCCCAGAUCGCCAGCAAAGAUAAAGGCAAAGGUAGAGACCUCACUAACUUGGGCUCAUCAGACACAGAGGAGAUAGAUGAAGGAGAAGACGACGAGGCUGAGAAGUCUGAUGAAGAGGGCAACAAGGAGAAAGAUGCUGAUGCUGGUAGCAAUGGCGAUGAAGAUGGUGAGCCGAAGAAGACUGACAACGAGGACGACGAUGAGGACGAUUCCGCUGAGGUGCCCAUGCAUGCUGACUUGUCAGACAACGACGACGACACCAUGGAGGUUGACCCCACCACUCCCAAGCGCCCUGCCACCCCCGCCAAACCCACCACUGCUUCCAAGCGCAGGGCCAGCACUUCGCCCACCACCACUCGUCAGAUGGGCGCAUCCCGCACCAUGGGUGGUGUCGCUAGAGGCAAGGCCAUGGGUGUUGCCCUCAACAUGGCUGACUUUGACACCAACAUGGAGUCUGAUGCCCCACCUGUCAUGGGCAUGGUUCACGUCUUCAAGAAUGGGGCAUCGCCUCUGGAGGGUCCCACACCUCUUGUGGUGAAAGUCCCCAUCAAGAACACUCUGGGGCCUGUCCUCACCGCUGCUGCCAAGAAGAUGGUGGCCCUUAUUAGCUCUGACAUCCUUCUCUGGGAUGCUAAGACCCUCAUGUGGGAAGUAAAGGGCCCCUACGCCAUUGCUGUCGACGACGAUGAGGCUGCCAUUUGGGAUGAUGAGAAUAUACUCAGAAUUGGAAUUGGUAAUGGUGGUCUGGUCAACAUGUAUGCCCGCUAUCAGCUUGCUGUAGGCGCCAUGGCCAAGUGGAACAGGCUCACCACUCCAUGGGAUGGAGCUCCUGUUGAGGAGGCUGUCCUUCGCUCCAUUUUCAUCAAGAGGACAAACUUCGGCACCUAUGGAGCCCUCUUCAAACACUGUCUCAAGUUCCCCAUGCUCAUGGACAUGUUGCAGAACCCCAACUACGACUUUACGUCUGAGGCUCAUACGAAGGUCUGGGGAGGUCGUGAAGUUGGCAGGAUGACUCUGGGGAAGGUUCUGGAUGAGUUGGAGGCAGAGCUUGCAGCAGAGGAGGCAAAAGUCGUCGCUGAGAAGGCCAAGAAGGCCAAAGAGGCAAAGAAGAAGUCUGCAGCUAAGAAGGCUACAAAUUUCUGUUUACAGGGUCUUUGGAUGGUGCUAUCCGUCCUUUUCUUGCUAGGACUCCUUCCAUGUGCCGCUGCAGCUCCUCUGGAGGACCCGUUUCCCGACAUCCGGUUUGCUGACUUUGCCAAAGUCAUCAAGCUGACCUUUGGUGAGAACAUCAGUCUGGCCACAGUCCUGAUGCUCCUCUUCAGCAUUACCACCAACACCGACAUUCUCAACUUGCAUGGCCAGCAGAGGGCUGUGAGUAGUAACAACCAGGUCGUCACUAGCUGGAUGGCAGCCUUUGUUCGUGCCAUCAAAGACAAGCUUCAGGUUGAUGUCUCUGACGUCCCUGGCGACUCUGAUGAUGAUGAUGCUGGUGCUGGCAAUGUCGAUUCAGACUCUGGGUCCUCUGAGGACAAUAUGGAUGCCUCUGACAAUAAUUCCAACUCUGGAUCUGAUGAAGACAUGGACUCCUCUGGCUCUUCUAGCUCUGGCUCCUCUGACACUUCUGUAAAUGCUGAGACUGUCUUUGAUACUCUCUUUCUGGCCAGCGACAACCACAAAUCGUGUUCUGCAAAAGGCCAGACCACCAUACUUGGUAAAAAAAUUGACUCUCUCUGCCACUCUCUGGAUCUCUACACGCAUAACGAUAAACGCCAGCUACGUCGCAAACUCCUUCCCAUUUCCACUUCCUCCAUUCAGCCUAUCAUCAUCAUCACCCCUCCUGUCAUGGGCUGCUCUACUGCUGGCUGUCAUGGCCAUGGUCUCACUCAAUACCUCCGUGAACGUGAUAUCUCCAAAGUCACCUUGCUUCAUGGAAGUGAGUGCUUUGAGAAGGUUCCGGUAUUGGCUGGUAGAUGUCCCAAGUGCUCCACCAUGUUCUGGGCAGACCAUGAGAGCUUCAUUGACGACAAUCGACAACUCGCACUCUAUCUUCCCAAUGCCAAGUACCUCAAAGUUGGCAAGCAGGUCUGGGUGGAUCGCAUUGUCUCCAAGGCUGUCAUGAAUGCCAACUACAGCUUCCAUGCUUCGACAGCAGCAAUAACGGAGUUCUGGAACUAUUCAUUUGUCCAGCCCAGUGGAGCUUCAUUCACCCUCACUCACAGACAAGUCUGGAAAGCCUUUGUCUUGGAGUCCAUCCGCCUACUUGCAGGUUUCAGCAACUCAACCAUGAUCUUCAUGGACAAUCUGAAGAUCAGUGAGCUUGUGGCCGCUGCCUACUUGUACCUUGGAGAUGGGGGAAUCAUCCGCAGCGCAGUUGGCCAUUCAUGCGACGAGUGCUGUCAUGCAUUCAAAGAUGUGGCUGACGUCAUUCCCAACCAGGAUGACAAUCCCGCUGCUCUUGCUGGUCAUGAUGAAAAUCGUGAUGUGCCUGAGUAUGCAGGACCUGCUGUGGCAGCAGCUGUUGCAGAUGCUGAGGCCAUGGAUGUUGACAAUGUCCCAGCCAAUGAUGCACCUGAACCUGCUGGAGGUGUUGCACUUCACACAAAUGCAGAUAUCCGCAUGAUUGUCAUUGAUGGCAUUGUCAUGGGGCCACGUCACUGUGCCAUUGCUGGGUGUGAGGCUGGGCUGCUUAAUGCUCAGACUGGGGUGUUUUGCAAAGAGCAUGAGGAGGAGAUGGAGGGUUGUUGCUGGAUGAAGAACUGCAACAAGAAUAAGGUUGGUCUCACUCAGGCAUGUGAAGAUCAUCAGGAGCAGUGGAGGACCUUCCGUGGACGCUAUGCCAACUCCUCACUCUUGGGAGUUCAGAGGAUGUUGAGGAGGGCUCAGGAGGAGAGGCAGGAGUGGUUGCCUGUUGGUGGAAGAGCAGAGGCGCCAGAACAUGAUGACCUUGCAGAGCAGGAGGCUGAACAGGUCAGUGGCAGCAAGUAUAACAACUACUUCUCUGCUCCUAGGUUCUACUGUGUGGAGACCAUCUGUGCUCCAUGUGGUGUGGUGAUUGCCUGGCGCAAGUUUGCCAAGUCGGAAGGGGUGGCCAAGAUUCUUCAGUUACUUGAAGAUGUCUAUCCUGAUCCUGCCUCACGCCCCAUCUACAUUGCCAUUGACAAGGGGUGUGCCUUGCUCAAGCACAUUGUCAGGCAAGAGCACUGGCCUGCUUGGGAACCCACCACCCGAAUCAUUGUCGACUCUUACCACUACAUCAAUCACCGGGUCACUGACCACCUCUGUCGAACUUGGUGCAAUCCUGCACCUCUCAAUGGAGAUGCCCCCAACUUGGUAGUGGUUGAUGAAGACAAACAAGGCAACUCAUACUACAAGAGGGCCUUCAACACUCAGGCUUGUGAACAACUCAAUGCAUGGCUGGGUGGGUUCCAGACAGUCCUCAACCGGAUGACUGUCAGCAACUUUGACUUCACCAUGCAUGUGUUGCUAUUCUUGCAUACCCAGCGAGUCAUUGCCAGGCAGGAGGAGAGGAACAUUAAGAAGGCAGCAGGAAUAGAAGAGGUGGUUGAGAGUGAGGAAAGUGAUGAUGAGGAUAUGAUUGAGUAUUAG